AUGAAAUGUGGAUACAUAAUUGUAUAUAAACCUGUGGAUAUAAUUAUGUACCUUAAAAAUGUAAGGUACAUAAUUGUAUGUUUUUGAGUCAUCCUAAUUACAUUUAUCACUCGCUGUCUAACUCUCACUCAUUUUCAGUAGCUGCUUUAUCCUGGUUAGAGUGUUUACGAUGGAUCCAGAGCCUAUCCUGGAUGGGAUACCAGUCCACAGCAGCAAACCAUAUACACACAAUCACACGCUGAUUCUCACACAUAGAAAUAAUUUAUCUUAUCCGUUUAUUGGCCUAUUUGGGAGGUGGGAGGAAACCAGAGGACCUAGAGGAAACCCAUGUGGACACAAGAAGAACAUGGACAAGAAUGCAGGCAGCCACUGGAGUCAGACUCGAACCCAGGACCCUGGUGUGUUCUCUCUCUCUCUCUCUCAGGGGUCCGCGAAAUGUUGUUUUACAGUUAAAGAGGUGCCUAAUUGCAAAAAGUUUAACCGUUCCUGUGUAAUGUCCUCCUCUCUGUCUCCCCCUGUUGGCUGCAGCAGUCGCGCGCUCCAAACUUCCACUUGUCCGUAUUUUUCCCCUUGUUUUUUCUCCUCAGAGGACUCGACACGACGCAUCUGGAUCAAAUUCUGAUGUAAACUCUGAGGUAAAGAUUUCGCCUAAUUCCCGUUUCUGACAUAAUGCUUUGUUUUGCCUCAGUGUUGUUCGUCUGUCUGAACCUAAUUAGACUUCUAUGAGGUCACACGCGCUCCUAAAAGCCGGCUGAACUAACGCGGUCUGUUCCGACAUCGCGGUGACGUCACGCCCGAGACAGCAUACAGAACCAUGCUUAAGUAUAUAAGGCUCUUCUGCACACCUUAGUUAUGAUUUCUUACAUGAGACAGCAAACAGAGGAGAGAGCGAGCAGAUUUACUUCGUUAGGCUAUAAUGGGCAUCAUGUCGUUUCCUCUCCUAAUAAUGAUUCUAAUAGCGUUUCCACUGUCCUCCAGUGGUGUAAAGUGGACAUAUGAUGGGCCUGACGGAGAGCACCACUGGUCCAGGAAUUACCCAUACUGUGGAGGGACAUUCCAGUCUCCCAUAAACUUCCAGCCUGAGCUGCUGAGAUUUGAUCCAGAUCUGCUGCCCAUUCAGCUGCAGGACUACAACCUGUCUAGCAAAGAGCAGCUCACCCUUAGCAACAAUGGACACUCUGUGCAGCUGUCUCUGCCAUCCCGGAUGCAUCUAGCUGGUUUGCCUUAUCGCUACUCCGCAGCUCAGCUUCAUUUCCACUGGGGCUCCUCUAACAUGCCGAACGGCUCUGAACACACGAUCAACGGCAAGCAGUUUGCUGCUGAGAUGCAUUUGGUUCAUUUCAAUUCUGCCAAGUAUCCCAACAUCUCCCUAGCAGUGGACAAGUCUGAUGGACUUGCUGUGCUUGGCGUUUUUAUUGAGGUGGGAGAGUUCAAUCCUGCUUUCGCCCAGUUCCUCAAAUAUGUCAAAGGCAUUAAAUACAAAGAUCAGAAAGUGCAGGUGGCAGGUUUCAAUAUCCGGGAACUGCUUCCUGCUCGUCUGGAUGAGUAUUACCGUUAUGAUGGCUCUCUUACCACUCCCCCCUGCUACCCCAGCGUGCUCUGGACGGUGUUCAGGAAUCCAGUCAGCAUCUCUCGCGGACAGUACUUGGCUUUAGCCACUGCUCUGUUCUCUUCUCACGCUCAAGAAUCAUCACCAAUGCCUCUGCUUGGGAACUACCGUAAACCCCAGCUAAUGGACAAUAGAGUGGCUCUGGUCUCCUUCCAGCAGGGUUGGGGGCUGUAUGGUACCCCUUCAUUGGCGUCUCCCAUGCAGAGGAGGCUGGUCAUCCAACAGCUACUGAAUGGAGACCUUGCAGAUCUUGCAGAUGGAGAACUGCACCAUCUUUUGCCAAAGAACAAUCCAAAGCAACAGCACUUGGGCCAAGUCACUGAGAAACAUCAGAAGAACAAGAGGCUUUACACCACUGGAAACAAUCCGUCGGUCUUGAAGUACCCCCAUGCAAGCUCCUAUAUGGGGAUGUUUGGUAUAAAUGAUGAUGCGUUGUGUUUUAUAGCCCUGGAAAAAAAUGUAUCUGUUUGGCUCAGGAGGCAUCAUGCAGAUGCUCAGUUGAUCCGAGCUCUGAGAAAAGAAGUGUUUCCAGAGCUGAACCUGAAGAGCUACUUAAACUGCAGGUCUGAUUUGGAUCUGCAAACAAUCAGAUACCUUCUUCGUUCCAGACCUAGUGAUGAGGCAAAUGAGCUGGAUCAGGUCCUGACCAAAGUCAGUCAGGGGCAUAAGCAGAGGCCCAUGACCCAGCACCGGGUCUCAGCACUGACCAAGCUAACUAGGCAGACCCAAGCUGCUGUCCGGAAUAAUAGCCACAAUAUGGUGCCUACUAAUCACAGACUGCAGCCUAUGGAGUGGGAGGAUUAAAACCCCACUGAAGCCAUAAACACAGGCUGCAGAGCGCAUUAUAAUAGUCAUCAAAGACCUUCUAUCAUGCAGGCUCUGAACAUUUAGUUCUUAAAAACCUCUGUUAAAUUUUAACCAGACUUUUAGUAGUAUUUAUGCGGCUGUGGGUUUAUGGGCUCAGGAGGUAAAUGUUACUUUUACAGAAAGAGACAGUGAAAACUACAAAUGGCAGAAUUAGUGAUAUUUAUGUGACAAUUGAUUCAUAGGCAUUUAUAUAGUUAUUCUGUACAGGUGUGGUUUCAGCAUUUUAAACAAAUCCUUCUAAAUAUCCUUUCAAAUUUGUGUGAUAUUGGUAUGAGCAAUAAUUUGGAUACAAUUAUUCCCUGUCUCCUACAGUAGAAUUUUUUUCUUUUUUUUUUCUUUUUUUUCUUUUUUUUUUCUUUUUUUUCCAACUAGGAAGAAAGUGCAGAUCACGUGAAAAAAAACGAUUUAAGACAGUGUAUAUAAAAUUAAUAGAAUAUGACUCUUUCUUGGUAGGAAGAUAUUUUUGUAUUUUAUUGGGUUUGGUUCCAUUCUAUUUGUGUCACAAUAAUUACAUAGUAAAGCAAUUACAACCAUACAAAGUGGAAAACUGUAGCAAAACAUGAAAAAUAAUGGUGCUUAACUACAUAAACAUUCCUGUGUUUUCUGUAAGAGUGUCAGGCGGCUUUAGAUGUGUGUUUAGACCAAAGCAAAAGCACAAAGGAAGGACCUUUUGUGGAUUGCAAAACAAUUUUGAAUGGAGUAUCUUGAUCAUGAUGUGUAGAACAAAAUACAAUAAAGCAUUUAAACUGCAUACGUGUUGCUUAUCAUUACAUUUUCACUUCUGGUGCUUUUUAAAAUUUUUGCUUUAUAAGGUAGUUUCAGUAUUUUCAUGUAUGAAGUAUGAGGUGCUAUAGUAGUAUAUUAAUAGUACAUAAUUAAAAUGAUUACACAUUGUAGUCUAUUUUUUCUGCAACAAAACUGUAACUUCAGCACAGUCCUCUUUCUUUCUUAAGGUGUUUUUCUUCUUCUUCUUUCCUCUUUUUGUCUCAAUAAGGUGACUUAACUUGGAGCUGGGGUAUGUGAUAUGUUUUAACAUCAGUAAUGUUAUAUGUCUUCUCUCUCACCUCACUGACAUCCUCAUUUCUAAUGACAUGCAAGACCUAUUGCACUGUGUGUAUGAAUAAGGUAUAAGGCAGCGGAGUGAUGCAUGGCCAUUGAACUGUACCUCUGAUAAUUUACAAUUCAUCAUUCUUCCAAGGCAUUAUGCAUGCAACCAAAAUCACAUUUUAAUUUGCUUAAGUGUGUACAUAUAAUACCACAGUGGCUUUAGGGUUUUGCAUGGUUCACUCACAUUUCAAUGUAUACAUAUCAUCAUAACAUUUGCUUGUCACAAGUGGUGUUUAUGGUGUUUAUGUGGCUGGCAUUACCAUAACAUUAAUCAUAACUAAACAACAUGUUUUACUUUAUUCAAAGAUUAAAACAUAAAUGUGAUUCUACAACGAUACCACAGUG